CUUCCUUCUCUUCCCGGCGAAGUUUUGACCCAAGACCGGAGCUCUGCUCGUCUCUCCUGAGGUUUUAUUACCGCAAAGAAGGCGAAUAAUUCACUCAGAGGGGAGAAUGCCACAGCACAGAGGCGACGGGGACAGGUCGUCCGACGAGGACCUGGACGGGGACUCUGGGGACGUGGACCUGCCGGCGAACAGAGACGACUUCAGGGUGUCGUGUGCCAAGGAGAUGGCUCUGCUGGCUCUGAUGGAGAAGACAGGAUACAACAUGGUGCAGGAGAACGGCCAGAGGAAGUACGGCGGCCCGCCGCCAGGUUGGGAGGGCCCGGCGCCGCCGCGGGGCUGCGAGGUCUUCGUGGGGAAGAUCCCCAGAGACAUGUUCGAGGACGAGCUGGUGCCGCUGUUCGAGAAGGCCGGCAAGAUCUACGAGUUCCGCCUCAUGAUGGAGUUCAGCGGAGAGAACCGCGGCUACGCCUUCGUCAUGUACACCAACAGAGAAGCAGCUCAGCGGGCCAUCCAGAUGCUGGACAACUGCGAGGUCCGACCCGGGAAGUUCAUCGGCGUCUGCGUGAGUCUGGACAACUGCCGCCUCUUCAUCGGCUCCAUCCCCAAAGACAAGAAGAAGGAGGAGAUCAUGGAGGAGAUGAAGAAGGUGACGGACGGCGUGGUGGACGUCAUCGUUUACCCCAGCUCCAUGGAUAAGAGCCGCAACCGAGGCUUCGCCUUCGUGGAGUACGAGUCCCACAAAGCAGCCGCCAUGGCCCGCAGGACGCUCAUACCCGGAACCUUCCAGCUGUGGGGUCACUCCAUCCAGGUGGACUGGGCGGAGCCGGAGAAGGAUGUGGAUGAGGAGGUGAUGCAGCGCGUUCGGGUCCUCUACGUGCGUAACCUGAUGAUGGACACGACGGAGGAAACGCUCCACCGGGAGUUCUCCAGCUUCAAACCCGGCUCCGUGGAGCGCGUCAAGAAGCUCACCGACUACGCCUUCAUCCACUACCGCAGCCGCAGCGACGCCAUCGCCGCCCUCACCCUGAUGAACGGCGCCCAGAUCGACGGCGCCACCGUGGAGGUCACCCUGGCCAAACCGGCCGGGAUCAAGGACGGGAGCGCCGCCGGGCGGAGGUACAACACCAGGGGUUACCUAGGAAACACGGCCACAGGGGGCGUCGGCGACGGCCGCUGCUCACUCAGAGCCACGCCCCUGCAGACUCGCCUGGGAAACCCCUAUUACAACGGAGGAGAGGACCCGGAGCGCUUCAUGUUCCCCCUGCUGCCCUGCACCCCCCUGACGCCCAUCAGUCUGCUCGCCCUGAAGCAGAGCCAGAUCGGCUCGGCCGUCAGCCUGCUGGAGUACCACUGCCACAAGAACUGCUGGUCUCCACCCGAGUACCACCUGUACUCCACCCCGGGACAGGACGGGAAGCUGCUGCUCAUCUACAAGGUGGUCCUGCCGUCCACGCGAGCCACCUACAUCCCUGAUAAGCUGUGUGUGCUGCUGGACGACGCCAAGGAGCUGGCUGCCCAGACCACACUGUGGAACCUGGAUUCGUCCAUCCUGACUGGACCUUCCUUUGAUUCUCCCAGCAGCCUCUCUCCUCCGCUCGCCAUGUCGCCGUCCGACUGCAGCCCCAGCCUCCUGAGCUGCGGCGGCCGCACCUUCACGCCCUGCCUGCCCGCUCCUCCUCCUCCGCCGCCGUCGCCCUUCCCCAUCUCCCCCCUGCCCUCUCUCUCCGCCUUCUCCCCCGCUGCGUCCCAAGCCCAGCGGCUCUACUUCAACUCCCAGUCUCCGUUCUACUGACGGGAAUCGUUUGUCGCCCAGGGAGCGAGCUGCGUCGCCAGAGGAAGAGGAGGGUGAGGAAGAGGAGGGUGUCCAUGCAGGUUCCCAGCCGCUCACUCUCUUCUCUCCGUCUGAUAAUGAGUUAACGCAGCGGUUCUCUGGUUUUCCUGACGUUUGUCAGAUUUCAGAACGUCCUCUCAUCUUCCCGUCUCUCCGUCCUCGUCUCCUCAUCAUGUCCCACCGAGUCCAGAACCGGCCCGGUCUGACCUCCUGCCCUCAGAUCCGGUUGCAUAAACAGCAGCAGAGCUCGUCUUUCUCCACAGAUUCAACUUCUGAAGCCUUUCAGGAAACGUUGGCGCUCAGGACUGAGACGGAGCGGGGAUAACAUGGCCGCCUCCUCUCGUCCUCCAGAGUCGCUCUCAGCUGCAGAAAACAGAUUCAUCUCCCUGAUUGUAGCUGCUGACUCCUGUCAUGUAACCCAGGAGCUUCUCCAAGCAAAACAAAACUCAUUUUAUGAUUUUUAAGGCUUCAACUGCUUAGAAAAAAAGGUGUAAAAAAGCAGAUUUAAUAAUUAUAAAUAGACUGUAGUGUUUAAAUGUCAAGCAGGAAUAAAACUGUUUAGUUUUAAGCCAUAGAAACUAA